GUCAGGUGACGCAGUAGGUGGAGUGAGUGAGAGUGAGUGAGUGACUGACUGAAGGAGGCAGGAGGGCGGCUGUGGGGUUGUGAAGAUCCCUGUCGGCAAGAACAGUCGACUUUGCUUCCUCUAAGAACCUGGAUAAAUUAUGGCUUCGGCAUCCUCACCGAUUGUAAAUUCCACUUCUGCAGCAAUCAAUGCAACAAAUAAAAAGGCACAGUUGACUGAGGAAAUACCAUCGUUAGCAGGAGAGGAUGUUAAAAGUAAAGAAAAGGAUGUGAUCUACAUUUGUCACUUUAAUGGACCUAAGAAGGGAGUGGUGUACAUUACAAACUACAGGCUUUACUUUAAAAGUGUUGAAAUGGAUCCCUCGAUGAUUCUUGACAUCCCUCUGGGAGUGAUCAGUCGAGUUGAAAAGAUAGGUGGCCAAUCAAGCAGAGGUGAAAAUUCCUAUGGACUGGAAAUCACUUGUAAAGAUAUGCGCAACCUGAGGUUUGCUCUUAAACAGGAAGGUCGCAGCAGAAAAUCCAUGUUUGAAAGUCUUACAAAACAUGCAUUUCCUAUUUCAAGUGGUUUGCAAUUUUUUGCAUUUGAAAAUAAAGAAACUUAUCCUGAAGAUGGCUGGAAAGUUUAUGUUCCAGUUGAAGAAUUUAAGAGGCAGGGUUUACCAGAUGAAAAACGAAAAUGGAGAAUCACAAACAUAAAUCAAAACUAUGAGCUUUGUGACACUUAUCCACCAGUCUUAGUGGUUCCAGCUAGUGCCAGUGAUGAUGAUCUGCGAAAAGUUGCAGCGUUUAGGUCUAAGGGACGAUUACCGGUGCUAUCUUGGAUACAUCCUGACAAUCAGGCUGUGAUUGUGCGUUGUAGUCAGCCUCUGGUUGGCAUGAGUGGGAAACGCAGUAAGGAUGAUGAAAAGUAUCUUGACAUUAUUAGAGAGUCCAAUGGGCAGACCCAGAAGUUAACCAUCUUUGAUGCAAGACCAAGCGUCAAUGCAGUAGCCAAUAAGGCCACAGGAGGGGGCUAUGAAGGUGAUGAUGCCUAUCAGAGAGCAGAGGUCAUCUUUCUUGACAUUCACAAUAUUCAUGUAAUGAGGGAAUCUCUGAGGAAAUUAAAGGACAUUGUGUACCCAAGCGUAGAAGAAUCCCACUGGCUGUCGAGCCUUGAGUCAACGCACUGGUUAGAACAUAUUAAGUUUGUCUUGGCAGGGGCAAUUCGAGUAGCAGAUAAAGUUUCAUCUGGGAAAAGUUCAGCAUUGAUACACUGCAGUGAUGGCUGGGAUCGUACCGCACAGCUUACUACUUUGGCACUACUCAUGCUUGAUAGCUAUUAUCGAACAACAAAAGGUUUUGAAGUACUCAUUGAAAAGGAGUGGAUAAGUUUUGGGCACAAAUUUGCAACGAGAAUAGGACAUGGUGACAAGAACCAUGCAGAUGCAGAUCGCUCUCCUAUAUUUCUGCAGUUCAUUGACUGUGUUUGGCAAAUGACAAAGCAAUUUCCUACAGCAUUUCAGUUUAACGAGCUUUUCCUGAUUACCAUUCUGGAUCAUCUGUACAGCUGCCGAUUUGGAACCUUCCUUUAUACCUGUGAGCAACAGCGAUCGAAAGAGGAGUUGAGAAAAAGGACUGUAUCCUUAUGGUCUUAUAUGAACAGUGAAAUGGACAAGUACAUCAAUCCCUUUUAUACAAAAGACCAACAUCGUGUACUCUAUCCAGUAGCCAGCAUGCGGCACCUAGAUCUCUGGGUGAACUAUUACAUCCGAUGGAAUCCUUGGUUCAGGCAACAGCAGGACCCAGUUCAACAGCGAUACAAAGAGUUGUUGGUUGUACGAGAGCAGUUGCUGAAGAAGCUGGAGGAGCUGCAGAUUUCAGACACUGCAACAGGAAUGCUUCCCCAUGUCUCUAAUUCAUCACCUUCGUCUUCUCCAGUGCCAGUAUCUCCACAUUCUCAGACAAUGCUUUGAGAUGUGUGCAUGGACAGUUCUGAAUACUUAUAGUAAUUACUUAGAGACUCUUUAAAAAAACUCAUUUAAGCUAUAUUGCAGCAUGUUAAAAGAAUGCUGGCUAGGGUCAUUGAUUUAUUUGCAUGUUAAUACUAUAAUUUCUCUUUCUACAAAAAGUGAAUUAAAGAUAUUUUGAUAAAUGGCGUUCUAAGUGAUGUUUGUGCCUUCGUUUAAAUGGUAGCAGGCUGCCAUUUAUUUAGGGUUACUGUCCUGCUAUUUCUGUUUCAGUCAGUCAUGCUGACUGUCUCGAUCGCUGAGUAAAGAAAACUGUGGACUUAUUCAUCUCAAAUCCAUAUGAGUAGUGAGAGUCUUUGGAAGACAGCUUUCAAAGCUCUGUGGAUUGCUGCAAGAACUGGCUAGAAAGUACUGAUUGAAUGUUGCAAACAUAGCUAAUAUGGCUUUUACUUCACAUUACUGAUCAUGUAUUGUUUGCUCCUUUGACAGUGAUCCCUUGCUAAUAAAGAUUAGUAUUGUAGUAUAAAUGGAGGUGUAGGAUCAGUGGCAAACAAAGGCAGCAGACUAGAAAAGAUUUUGAAAACAAUAAGGGUGUGAAAUUGAUCUUGGGCAGUAUCUGCAAUGGGCAAUCCAUUUUACACUGCACCAGGAUAAAAAAUACUAAGUCAUAUUUUUUCAAACUGCUGCUAAGACUGAAUUUCAGCCCCCUGCUGUCUCCUUGUAGGACUGCAGGUGGUCAAUCCCUCCACCUCUUAUGCAAUAUGAACAUAAAAGUUACCAGUUUAUUUCUAUUAAUGUUUUAUAAUUUGAUUGCUCCUUUUUUUUUUAAAAUAACUAGAAUCUCUCCCUGACUGGGAGUGUCAGUCUAUAUCUACAGCAUUUGCAAUAAAUGAGACCUAAGCAAGCACCUGUAUUCCUGGUCAUUCUCCACACCUGUAUUUUACAAGCUUGUGUAACUGGCCCACUUAUUUUUGUAUGACUUUGAAGAGCUAAGAAAAAUGCAAAAUUUGAAUGAAAUUAAACUAUAGUUAGUUGUAACUGAAAA